AUGAAGUUUCUCACUCUCUUCGCUUUCAGUGACCUGAGCGCCAAGACCACUGCCGCAGCUAUCAACGACAAGGUGCAGCGAAGCUUCACUCCCGAGCUCGGGGCUCGUAUUUUCGACCGCCGUGAUGCCAACGGGGAUCUUAUCUUCAAGCGCUGCUCCUCUGCUGAGGGCAACGAGGAUUGCUCUGUCGAGGACUGCAAAUGCAUGUACUCCGGCUCCUAUUGUACUUAA